AGAAGCUACAUAUUUGCACCCACACCAAAAUUCAAAAGGAAGGAGUGACUGCCAUCAAGUGUCAGUUGUUUUGAUGUUUGCUCUUUCUCCAGCUGGAUAAAUUGCCGUCUUAAGGACUCUUAUCACCUCUAAUUAACUGCCGGACACGCAAGGAAAAACCCGGGUCUACAAAGGUUUGGCGAGGACCCCCAAAAAUGUCGCUGUUUUUGCUCAAGGCAAGCGUGUCAAGUUGUCAGGAGCAACGGAUCUUACGUCCGACAUGUUCUCGGCAAAUUCCUGAUUUGCAACCCUGAAGCUUCUCGUGGUUUCAAGUUUGUUUUCAAGACAGCGGACAGAGGACGCCCAAUGUCUGCUGCUUCUGUCACACACAAGGAGCCCGGCAUGUACUGGUGAAAGAAGUCUCACAGAGAGAAGCUCAGCCUCAGUCAGCGGUCAUCAUGGCAGAAGGACCUGUUCCCCAGCGGGGCUCGAGCCAGGCCGAGUCGCAGUCCUGGGCAGAGUGGACAGAACAGCUGCAGGCGUACGUGGCCUGGGUCAACUCGCAGUUGAAGAAGCGCGCCGGGUGUCGUAUCGUGUCGGACCUGCGGAGAGACAUGCAGGACGGAGUGGCGUUCGCUCAACUGGUGGAGAUCCUGUCAGGUGAAACCCUCCCCCAUGUGGACUACUCCCCCAACAGCCUGGGCACCAUGAAACAGAACGUGGAGAUCGUGCUCCAGUUCAUGCAGACCCACCGCAUCCGCAUGCACCAGACCUCCGCUAAGGACAUCGUGGAGGGGAACCUGAAGGCCGUGAUGAGACUCAUCCUGGCGUUGGCCGCGUACUUCAAACCCAGCAGCGUGAAAUCCUCGUCCUCCUCGGCGCAGCAGUACUCCCGCUCGCAGCACAGGAACACGUCGGUGGCGGCGGCUGCCGGGGCUGCGGCGGCGUUGGCAGAUGCGAGAAAGGACGCGGCGAGCGCAGGCAGGCAGUACCACGGCAGGAGGGAGGGGCGUUACCAUGGUGAUGUGGGACAUCGCAGGUCGCCUGCCUCCACUCCGGACAGACAGCCGCCCAGGUAUGAAGACUUGGUCAGAUCCCCUCCUGCAAGCAUGUCCCCUCAAUCAAGGCCCCCUACCCAAGAGCCUGAUGUGCUUCCCCGGCGGGACUCAUCAGACACUGCCCAGGGACUGAGCUCCGGAGACGAGGGUAGCAGAGCCUCCUGGCAGGACUUACUGGAACAGCACCUUGACUUAGAGAGCCAGAUGGAGGAGGCAAAAGACACUGUUGUCAAACUGCAGCAGUUACUUCUCCAAGGGGAGGAGGAGGGGGAGGGGGUAAGGCCCCUGUUGGAGGGGGUGAACCCCGAGGAACAGGUGGUGCUCCUACAGAGCAGACUAGAUCAGAGAGAAGUGGAGUGUGAUCACCUGAGAAAGGAUCUCUCCCGCGCAAAACAGGAGAACAUAAACUUGCACGGGACGAAAGUGGGGCUCCAGUCACGCCUCACGGAACAGGACAACUCACUUCUGGAGAUGAAGAACGAGCUGUUGCGGCUGGGUUUCGUCAUGGAGCAGUUCGAGGCCGACAAGGCGGAGUUGCAGCGGAAGGUCGACGAAAAGAAUAAGAUGUUGACAGACCUGCGGAGGCAGCUGACAGAAAAGGACAGGCAGUUGGACGAACAGCAAGCCAAACUGGAGGAGGCGGAACGUAAACUAACCCAGGCAAACUCGAGUAAAGUAAAGGAUAAUGUCUCCAGUCCUGUGUACAAUGGUGUGCCAGCCCUACCCCCUGGGGAGGAGCUACAGGUGGUACGGGAGGCAUUACGAGGUUUACGCUCGUGUUUCCAAGUCAACAACCCGCAACAUCACACCAUAGACACACUGGAGCAGAGCAUAGCGACACUCAUGGAGAGACUACGCUUCCUGGAGUCCCAGAGACUCAUCGCCAGCCAGAAGGAGAGCCUGGCAAACCGGAUGAAACCGGCUUCACCCAAACCGCAGGACACGGCACUGUCGCCAACGUCACGACAGCGUAGCAAUGGCGUGGAGAGUAACGGUACCGCGCAGGGGACCAAGAUUUUGUACUUCACAGAAAAGACAGUCACUCCCUUCAUGACUUCGAUAAGUAAAAAGCUAGGAGACAUCACCCUCAGAGACUUCAAGGAAGUGUUUGACAGACAAGGGAGCUUCAGGUUCCACUUCAAGGCACUGGACCCUGAGUUUGGGACAGUGAAGGAAGAAGUGUGCCAGGAUGAGGACAUCAUCCCUGGAUGGGAGGGUAAAAUUGUAGCCUGGAUAGAGGAGGUGAGGCCAUGAUACAGAGGGAGUAAGUGCAGUGAAUGGAGCAGCUUCUCUUCUUAACAAAGUGAAAAACAUUUUUUGACAAUAUAUAAAACAUUGUUGUAUUCUCAAAUGGACAUUGAAGACUCUAGAAGUUUGUAUCCAAGAAAUUGAUGUCAGUUGCUAUAACAUUUUUCAGGUUUUUAUAUUUGUAAAGUUGAAGACAUGUUUUUACUUUGUAUAUUUAGCAUGAUUUGUGAUGUAAAUAUUUCUUAUAAUUAAUGAUUAGAUAAAGAUUAUGACUAAGGAAGCUGUGUUGUUUUCAGUCUUUCACGUAAUCAUGUCUAGCCACGGUGCUGUCAGUAAUGGCAAACAAUAACUCGUUACAUGGAGUUACUAGUAUUAAGGAUCAUAAUGCAAUUUUUGCAUCCCAAAAUUAUAUCCCAAAUUCAUGACAUGUGUAUGUCAGCUCUGAAAGAGUAAGUUUGUAUACAACAAUUCAAGAGUGCCAAAUUGUUCUUUUGCAAUGUUUUGUUCCUUUUAUUACCUCUUUGUAACAGGCUACUGACUUUGAAGUUAUUAUAUAGCCAAGUCUCAUGGAUGUAUUAUAAGUGUUUGGCUGAAUGGUAAACAUGUCAACUUAAGAGAGCCCCCUAUCAGUUUGUUUCAAAAAUACAGUUAACGUUAGCCAUGAGGUGGCAAAGACACUGACAUAACAAUCACGUUUGUCAUAAAAAUCCUGAAAACUGAACUCCAAUGUAUUUACAUUCACUGUUUACCCCA